GCACAGUAUACAUGCCAUCUUCUCUCUCACUUGUACUACUGAUAGCAAAGGUCAUAAAAAGAUCAGCCAACUGCUCGGCGGCAGCAUAACGAAACCACCGAGUUCAAAAGUUUGGAGACCACCAACCCAAGAACAACACUCAAACGCAACCAAACGAACACAAGAAAGGGUGCAUAAUCGAAUUCAGCUCAUCACCAUCAGCCGGGAAAGUGGUUCACAGUGGAGUUUAGAGUUUUCAGAACUCAUCAAAAAUGGAUCAGUCCUCGGCGGUCGGAGCCACAGCGGUUUCGUCCUCGUCGCUUUUCACCACUCCCAACGUGCUGACACAAGCGCCGGACGCAUCGCACAGCAGUGACAUGGAGUGCAUCGAGGAGAAUGUGAUCAUUGAUGAAAUAACCGAGGCAGAACCAACCUCCGUCACACUUCGUUUCUGCAAACGUAAGUUUCUUCGGCCAUACGUUAUCAUACUAGCAAUCGCUGGGCUUCGGCCCAGCUCCAGCGAUGUAGAGUUGCUUGGCCGAUGGGUUGGACAUCUGCAAACUAUUCUGGUGCUGCUGCUUCUUAUCAUUGGUUACGUGUUACAAUUUAUGUGUGGCUUCAGACGAGACCAUGGGCUUAUAGAAUCAAACGAAUCUUUACCCAUCCCGACCACACCGGCAGGAUGGUCAACCACCACACCGACUCCAGAAACCGUCAAACUAUUUUCCAACUGGACAAUACGGAAUCAGACAUCACAUAGUACUGAAGGAAGCAGCAACACAACACUAAAUACAGACCAAGAACACCUUGGCAUGUUGGCUUCGGGCGAGGCCAUUUUCAUCUAUCUCGUUCCUGCCUUGCUGCAUCUCAAUGGCUACCUACUGGCGGUAUUCAUUUAUCGGUUCACCGAUAACGAACAAUUACAGAGUCUCAUCGAACGGGUCUUUAUCCUCUGCAGCAAUCCGCGUCGGUUGGUGUUGACACUUUGGCUCUACUUUGGACUGGGGCUGGUUUGGCUGGGCGUCUCCAUCGCGUACGUAACGCUGCUGGGAGUUGAUAGGAUCACCGUUUUCGAGCGUUUUUUAUCAUUCGGAUGGACUGGCAGCCUGACACGGUGGACCCAUACAGCCGAGGUGUUGAGAGCAUUGCUAGCGUUAACGCUGUUUUUCCACGAUCUCGUACAGAUGGUGGUGAUUGUGAGUUAUGGUUUAAUGUGUUACAUGUUGCGAUGUUAUCUGAAGGCGCUGAAGGAAAAGCUACUGCUGCAUACGAUCGAACCGCUGAACUGGAUGCGGGAAAUCUGCGAGUUCCGGAAGUUGCUUCACCAUCUGAACACAAAAAUCUCGCUGCCGGUCGCGAGCCUAACCGUGCUAAACCUCAGCUACGCCGUGUCGAGCGUGGCGCAUCUGUUCCACGAUAUGACGGCCUGUCCGAUUAACAUCUUCACCGCAAGCCUCGCCAACAUUCUGCUCUGGCUGGUCAUCGCACUGAUGCCGUUCUUCCAGGCCGCCAGCCUUACCGUCACCUGCCGUCAAACGCAAUCCUGCGGCCAUCUGAUAAGCAUUCGCCCGUUCGUUCACCGGAACACGUCGUCCGAAGAUUUGAACACCGUGCUGCUGUACGCGUCCUCGCUAAAGAUGUCAGCCAAAUUGUUCCGGAUGCCCGUCAGCGCCCACUAUCUGUGCUUUCUCGUGCUCGUCUGCUUCAUCGGUGUGCUAACGUUCGGAAUGUGCCUCAAUAUAUCGCUCGGUCCGCUGUAGGCGGGCGGUAGGAGUACAGUAUACUUCUGGCCACGUGACGGUGCUGGAGUUCCAAACAGCGUGGCCGGAAAUCGCACGCAAGGCACGGUGGAAUUUACCGGAAGGAAGUGGAACUUUCGUGGAAUUGGAUGAACUGACACGGACAGACGAUUCGGGCUGUUCGGCAGUAAGUGACGCCCCAUUUCAUGCACGUGGAAUUUCGGGCGAAUGAUCGUUUUGCGUAGGUUAGAAAGAACAGUUUAAAAAGAAUAACAAAAUCGAACCAAGCAGGAAGGUUGGUCCUUAUUUAUCGAACACAGACCGUGACGUACGGUUUGCACAGAUUUUUCUAUUUCCUUCCCGCGUACUCACUGGAUGAGAACGGCUGAGUUUAGUUUGAAUUGUGCCAAGUAAACGCUUUCGUUGAAGGUAACAGAUGUUUGAGGUCACACUGCUUGUACAGUCUGCACUGUGAAUAGCUUACAAACCGCAUAUGAUGCAUUUAUGUAUCCAAUUGAGAAACGAUAACACACCUUUAUACCCUUAAUGAUUAGGCACUUUAAUGAUACGUUACGCAUUAUUCCAAAUAAGUAACUACUUAUGCAUGUCGUCUAAUGCAUGUUUCAAAUUUUGCUAUUUAAUCGUUCUCUAUGUGCAACAGUACAUUUUAUUUAAAAAAUGAAAUAGUCGCACAUUGCA